AUAGACCUGGCGCACCGACCCCACCGCCAGGGGGCGCCCGCGGGACCCCGGCGGGAGCACGCGCCACGUGGCCCGGAAACGUAGGCGCCCGGCGUAGCGGCGAGGCGCUGUGUAGUGGGGCGGGUGACCUGGGCUCACACGGAGUGCCAAGGUAUUGCCGGCUGCUGAGGGAGGCUGGGACUGAGUGGAGGCACCGUGGGAACCAGGGAGAGGCAAGACGGGCGGGGCUGGAUGCCAGGGGGGCCAGGGUAUGGGCACAGAGGUGCUGCCCUGCCUUCCCCCCAGACGCGGCAUGUUGCCCUGGCCUUCUCGGUGGGGCGCAGGUGAGGAGCAGGAACCGGAGGAACAGGGCCCCUUGGCGGGCAGUGACCCCAGUGAGGCCUGGACCUCUGGAGAGGAAGCCUUGGGGGAGCCAGGAACACCCCCGCAGGACAGCCCUCAGCCCCAGUCCCCAAGGCCUUCCUGGACCAGGAAAGAGCAUCUGCUGACCCCAUCCCCUUCAGGCCUGGUUGCUGAGCAGUCCUCGGGAACCUCAGUUCCCCUUUCCCUGCAGGUGGCCUGGGAGUUGGCCCCCUCAAGGAUGACUUUGCUGGCACCGUGGGACCCCAACUAUGAGGCGAAAGCAGGACCUGGGCUGUUGUGGGGGCCCAGUUGUGGGUCAGGUGCCUCCUUCUCAGGCCGAACCUUGGGUCAUCCAUCCUUCUGGCCACUGUAUGAAGCAGCCUCAGGCAGGGGCCACAGGCCCCUGGCCCCCACAAUAGGACAUCAGAAUGGCAAGCAGGUGCCCAGGGAUGCAGGGUUCCCAGUGAUGUGCUGUGAAGAUGUCUUUCUAUCAGACCCUUUGCUGCCCUGUGGACAGCGUGUUCCCCUGUACUUGUCUGAGGCCCCUCAGCAGGUGAUGGGUUCUCCGAAGCUGCUGCUCCCACCUCCUAUCAUGUCCCCCCGGGUCUGCCCCACUCAGUCCCCUGGUUGCUCCACUGCCUGGCUCAGUGGGCCUGAGCUGAUCGCCCUUACAGGCCUCCUGCAGAUGAGCCAGGGGGAGCCAAGACCCAGCUUUUCUGGCUCAUCCAUGGCUCCCACGCCCUUUGCUGGUCCCCCAGACCCCAUCUCUAACCACCCACGCCCCAGUGGUGACCCCAGCUGUCCUCACUGCACUGACCCAUCUCUCCCAUGGACCCCAGAUACCCAUUGCCCGUAGCCCCUCUAGGGUUACCAUGGGCCCCCUACUCUCUCAGGCAGGUUUCUGUUAACAAUAAAAGUGUUGGUUUGCAAACAGG